ACGACGUCAUGACGUCAUUUCCUCAAGAGUCAGCCGGCGAAUCUGUUUUCGUGUACACGAUGGAGUUUUUGUACAGCCUCCCGUUUUAUGUACUUGAAGUUCCAAAUUUGAAAUUAAAGAAGCCGACAUGGUUCCACCAACCAUCGCCGAUGGUCGUCUACUCACUGGUGCUCUUCUCAUAUUUCCUAGUUUGCGGAGGUAUAAUAUACGACGUUAUUGUUGAGCCUCCAAGCAUCGGAUCUACAGUGGAUGAACACGGUCACAGCAAACCUGUGGCUUUUAUGCCGUAUCGAGUGAAUGGCCAAUACAUCAUGGAAGGUCUGGCUUCCAGCUUCCUCUUCACCAUUGGUGGUCUUGGUUUCGUUAUACUUGACCGAACCCACAACCCUAGCACUCCAAGGUUGAACCGCAUUCUUUUGAUCAGCACUGGCUUCAUCUGCAUCCUGGUGUCCUUCUUCACUUGCUACGUCUUUAUGCGCAUCAAGCUUCCUGGAUACUUACAUGCCUGAAUCUGCUCAGCUGCCUGUCCAAUCCACCCC